AUGAAGGAUCGGACUCAGGAGCUGCGGAGUGCGAAAGACAGCGAUGAUGAGGAAGAAGUGGUCCACGUGGACCGAGACCACUUCAUGGAUGAGUUCUUUGAACAGGUGGAAGAGAUCCGGGGCUGCAUUGAGAAGCUGUCAGAGGAUGUGGAACAAGUGAAAAAACAGCACAGUGCUAUCCUGGCCGCCCCCAACCCGGAUGAGAAGACCAAACAGGAGCUGGAGGACCUCACUACAGACAUCAAGAAGACGGCCAACAAGGUUCGAUCCAAGUUGAAAGCGAUCGAGCAAAGCAUUGAACAGGAGGAGGGACUGAACCGUUCCUCCGCGGACCUGCGCAUCCGCAAGACCCAGCACUCCACACUCUCCCGGAAGUUCGUGGAAGUAAUGACUGAAUAUAAUGCGACCCAGUCCAAGUACCGGGACCGCUGCAAGGACCGGAUCCAGCGGCAGCUGGAGAUCACCGGAAGGACCACAACCAACGAAGAACUGGAAGACAUGCUGGAGAGUGGAAAAUUGGCCAUCUUCACGGACGAUAUCAAAAUGGACUCGCAGAUGACAAAGCAGGCGCUGAACGAAAUCGAGACGAGGCACAACGAGAUCAUCAAGCUGGAAACCAGCAUCCGUGAGCUGCAUGACAUGUUUGUGGACAUGGCCAUGCUGGUGGAGAGCCAGGGCGAAAUGAUUGACCGCAUUGAGUACAAUGUGGAACAUUCCGUGGACUACGUGGAGCGAGCUGUGUCUGACACCAAGAAAGCUGUGAAAUAUCAGAGCAAGGCCCGGAGGAAGAAAAUCAUGAUAAUCAUUUGCUGUGUGGUGCUGGGGGUGGUCUUGGCGUCAUCCAUUGGGGGGACGCUGGGCUUGUAG